AUGGACGACAGGAGAGAGAAUGGAACAGUCCAGCGCAAAAAGAAACUGAGUCUUCGGGGCAACAAACUUAGAAAGAAACUUUCUAGUUAUUCAGAGGAUACGUCCCCGUCUUCGUCUGCGACUGAUGAAACGAGCACGUCACUGAGCAGCUGCGACACGAGCGGCUGCAGCGCAUCUGACACCAGCAGCUACAGUACGUCAGACACCAGCUACUCCAGCGAAGACAGCUCCACUUCAAACAACAGCACUACCUCCAGCGGCGGCUCAUCUUCCAGUAGCUCCGCAAUAAGUUCCACUGAAGACAGUACCUCAACUGCUUCCAGUUCCUCCGUCCAAGACGCCAACACGGAAUCCUCAUCGAGCGAAGAUUCUUCAGCCCAGAUACUUGCUGACAAAACUGCUAAAUUGCGUGUUUGGACGUCAACAGAUUCUGAUGAAGGUGAGGACUAA